AUGCUCAAACGAGAGGUUGAGUUGCGGAAGCCCAGAUAUACAGGCCAUCACGCAGAGGAAGCGGAUCAAGCAGCUGAAGCACUUGUGAGGGAGCAAGAGAAGCUCAUCCACCGUGCCGAGACUCGAAAUGAUGCUCUUGUUCAGGAACUGGAGAGGCUACAGGCAGAGAACAGAGGCUUGAAGGCAGACCUAGAUGAUGCUCGGUCACAUAUCUUCAGUUUGCAGCCUUACCGGAAGGAUCUCACGCCUGAUGAAGUCGGACGGGAAUAUGACGAUCUGGUGAACGGAAUCACCGACUGGGUGACCCGAUUCGCCGAACCUGUCCUGGAACACCCCAAAAAGAUGGAGGAGGUCUUGGCGGCAGCAAAGAAACGGUCUCCUGAAAUUCACAUUCUUCGAAAAUGGCUGCAGACCCACGUUGAUCUUAUGCACGGUUCCUUGUUUCCAGAAACCGACAUUGACAUAAUUAUUGCCAUCAUCAUGCGGUAUCUUGAGGUUCAUAUUUUCCGCAAGAUAUUGUGCGGAGUCGUUCCCGGCUUUGUGGAGGUUCUUAGCUCUGUGGAAACGUCGAUGCAGAACAACGUUGAGCCGAAGAGAGAUCUCUUCGCGAUGAGAACGUGGCGAGCUGAAGCACUGAAUGCCGUUAUUUGCUCCCCCGAGUACCAAAAGGGCCGAGCAGAUUGGAUCAGGGAACUGACUUUAAACUUGGCAUCAACUUUCAAGAUUUUUUCCAAAGAUAUUCAGAAGUUCUGCGUUAUCUGGCAAGACACUGUCAUCAAGCCGGCCGUGGCACUGCACGAGAAAAUGGCCACAUCAACGCACCAUUUUUAUACCGAUCUGAAUACAUAUAUGAUGUGGAAUCCACACCACGAGCUAGCGCAGAAUCCUAACUUCCUGGACGACUUACACAAGUUGCGAUGCGAGAACAUCCUGCAGCACCGCAAGACAUUCAACAUUGCCAAGUUGAGCCCAAAGCCCACGAGAGAGCAGCUUUCUGCCAAACUCACAAACGUGAUGGCGGUGGUUCCAGCGCUCUACAUGCGGCAGGUUGGCAGGAGUGACAUCAUCAAGGAGCCGAGGCUCAUUCGCCCGCAGCAGAUGCUUGUGGCCUGGGGCGGACAGGAGGCGCGAGAGAAGUUCGUUGCUAACAAGGAGCGCACCUUGAUGAAUGGGGUUUUAUACCCAAAAGAGAAGGACCGGGCACAUGAAGGCGGGUGGCUAGGAUGGAGUUAG